CCGUACGCACCGUCGGAACGCGAGGAGUGAAGUUGUGUGAUUUGUUUAAUUUGUCUAUUUAGUGUUUCUUCAGGUUUAAAUGUGUAAUAACGGUGGUUUAUUAACUGUUUAAUAUCUGUGAAAGUGCACAAAUGUGAGCAAAUGGAACAAAGCCGCUGGACGUAACUUCUCGGGAUCCUCCAAAAAGUAUACUGAAAAAAUCUUAGUAAAUGACCACCAUUUUACUAAGAUUAUAUUUCAUCCCAUAUCAUCACAUCUCAUUUUAUUUUAUUUCGUCCCAGUUGAUUAAUGUCUCAAAUUAAUCAUCUUCGUUUCAUUUCACUCCAUAUUAUCACUAUUUAUAAAAAUAAGAAUAUACAUUAAAAUAAGACACGACUUAAAAGUCUUAGCUACCAGUUCAUAAAAUCACUUUAUAAAUUGACAUUUGUCAACAAAACUGUGUGACAUGUGUCACAACAGUUCACACUACAACACAGAAAUUAAAAAUACUUAAAAGGAAAUCUAGAUUAUUGAACCUAUUAGGGCAUUAAAAGCCCUAAAAAUAUCCUUCUGUAGUUUAUUUAAAUAAUUUUUAUAAACGCACAUUAUUAAACAAGCAACAAACAUUAUAAAGAAUGUCAGCUGGAGGAAGCGCUAUGAGGCCUGGAGAGGCAGCAUUACAGAACAUGAAGCUGUUGAAAGCUGAGACUACUGUGUUCAAAGUACCAAAAAUACCCAAACAGAAGUCAGAGAAGAAGAGCAAGGUUUUAGAGGAAGAUGCUUAUGUGGAGGGCAUAGCAAAAAUUAUUCAAAGAGAUUUCUUCCCUGACCUAGAGAAACUGAAUGCACAGAACGAAUACUUGGAGGCUACAGAAAACAAAGACUAUCAGAGACUUCGAGAAUUAACUCAAAAGUAUAGCGGGAACAGACCACCUACAGAACCAUAUAACACCCCAGCCACUUUUGACACGCCAAACAUUGACCGGCCGUGCACUCCUGCUACCAACAAUGAGGAUGCUCCCAGACAAACAAAAAAUGCCACUAAAGACAAAACCGCAGAUAUUACUGAUAACCACAGCUUAGAUUCCUUUCUGGCCAAACACACGAGCGAGGACAACGAAAGCUACGAUCGAGUUAUAUCGUUGGAGCAAAAGAAGCGUGCAAAUAAAAUAGCAUCGCAGCUUCAAGCCGAGAUCACGUCUGCAACACUCGCAGAUGAAGCACUAGCUUUACCCUCCAUAGAACAACAAGCUGAUCAAACGGAAAGGCCACAUGAAUUGGACACUUGGCGUUACAAAGCUCGUAAUUACAUAAUGUACGUGCCUGACGGGGCGGAGUCCCAGCGCCCGCCGCCGAAGCCCGAACUAGUCCACCAGAACACAAGGCUAAAAGCUCAACCCUUCGACUACGCUAAGAACAAAGAGACAAUAAGCGCCAUCGCGAGGAAUCAGGACGCGACAGUAAACGGCAGGAUAGGCGUGGACGGCAGCAGUUUGAGUUCAGAGAAGGAAGAGCGCUAUCCGAUACUGCAGACCUCGUCCCCCCGCCCCGGCGAGGGCGCGUCCCCCCUCAUGACGUGGGGACACAUCGAGGGGACGCCAUUCAGACUCGACGGCGGGGACACGCCGCUACCUGCCGCGGGGGCGGGAGUGGCGUACAAGAUGCUGGAAGGCGGCGCCCGGGAACGUAUCGCGCUGCAGCUCGCCGAGCAACUCGCCAAGAGGAGGCGGCCCACCACCCCGAGGAUACCUCCGCCCUCGCCGAGUUUUCGAACGAGCACCGAGCGCCUGGCCAGCAUGUCGCCGGCGGCCAGGAAAUUAGCCGCGAAACAUUUACUAACACCGAGACUCAAGCUGACGCCAAACGACAUGGGAAUUUUAUCGCACGCGGCAACACCGAAACGAACACCAACACGGCGACCGUUAGUGGCAACACCGAGCACGAAUAAGAACACGGCAACAUCGACCCGUCCUUCCGACUCUGGCAACGUGAACAACAGCAGUACUAUGAUAGAAAAUAAUCUCACCGACAACUUGCUGCAGAUUAAUGUGUGCAAAAGGAAUAGAUUAAAAGCUAAAGACUUCUUCGAAUAAUCAUUCGUUAGAGUUAAUUAAAGUAAAUAUUUAUACUGA